AAUGCAGCCGGCGGAGUUGGCCAAAGGGACUGAAACGGUGGAAUUAGUAGUAGACGACCAGUAUUACAGAACAUUUAUUUACAAAGAGGGCAUUGAUUGAAAGGAAGGGAAACGAUGAAAAUGGGGAAAUGGUUGAGAAUAGGAGCGUUGGUCGGUGCAAUCGCCAUAGGCAAGCAAUAUGGAGGGCAAUUGGGAUUGGGAUUGGACAAAGAUGCCGCUCUCCGCUUGUUCCAGCAAUGGUCGGAUCGACUGGGGAUUUGGGCCAUCCCUCUUUAUGUUGCCCUCCACACCCUGACUCUUUCCCUCUGCUUGCCCUACGCCAUCUUCUUCGAGGCUGGGGCUUCUUUGCUCUUCGGCUUCUUCCCUGCCGUCCUUUGCGUCUUCUCUGCUAAGCUUCUGGGGGCUUCCCUCUCCUUUUGGAUUGGCAGGCUGGUUUUCAGAAGUUCAAGUUCUGCAAUGGACUGGGUCCAGAGAAACAAAUACUUCCAUCUCCUUUCCCAAGGAGUCGAACGCGAUGGUUGGAGAUUUGUCCUUCUUGCACGAUUCUCUCCCAUACCUUCGUAUGUCAUCAAUUAUGCUCUGGCUGCCACAAAAGUUGGAUUCGUAGUGGAUUUUCUGCUCCCUACUGUUAUUGGCUCUCUGCCAAUGAUCUUGCAGAACACUUCCAUGGGCAGCCUUGCUGGUGCUGCUGUUGCUUCAGCAUCUCGCUCUGAGAAAUCAGUGGUUUGGUCUUAUAUUUUGCCUAUACUUGGGGUUGUAUCAAGCAUUCUUAUUUCAUUGAAGAUCAAAAAGUAUUCUACUGAUAUUACCUUGGCCGAAUCUUCUUCAGGUGAUCACAUUAACAGCUCUAAUGUAGUUAACUCAUGUCAUUCUUGUAAUGGUAGAGAAGGAAGCAAUGGCCCGAAGAAAAGCCAAUAAUAGAUAUAUAUUACAACUAUAUUAUAAUUAUUUUUUUCAUUUGGUACAAUUAUUCUUCUCUUGGUCUUUGGCAUCAUUCAUUGUUCACAUCUGUGGGCAAGGUAAUUUCGUGUUAUUUUUGUGUGAUGUCUCUUUUAAGGUUCUGACUCAUGUUGUCCCUCUUCAUCAUUUUUGUUUGUUAUGAAAGAUUCUGUGGUACUUCUAGAUUU